AUGGAGGAGCCACCUACCACGUCCCUCCGUUUCCCUCCCCGUCUCAAAUUCCCCCAACUCGCCAAAACAACCUCCCUAAACUCUCCUCUCGCCGCUUUCAUCUCCGACCGUCAUCGUCUCCCCCCUCUCUCUCCCCAACCUAACCCCCCAAAUCAAACGAAGAAGAAACCCAAGAAACCCCCUUACAAGCCCCCUUCAUCCCUCGACCGCUCCGGUCAGAGCCCCCUCCGCUCCGACCUCCCCUUCGACUUCCGCUUCAGCUACACCGAGAGCAGCUCCAAUGUGAAGCCCAUCGGGCUCCGCGAGCCCAAGUACUCCCCAUUUGGUCCCGGGAGAGUUGAUCGGUCAUGGACGGGGUUUGCUGCCCCCGCGGUGGACCCUACGGUGAGGUCUGUGGAGGUGGGGCCCGCGAAGGAGGCGGCGGAGGAGAGGUGGAGGGCGGCGAGGGAGAAGGUGCUCGGAGAGCCGCUGACUCAGGCGGAGAGGGCGAUGUUGAUUGAUAAGUGUCAGAAGCAUCGGACCAAGCGGCAGGUUAAUUUGGGAAGAGAUGGAUUAACCCACAACAUGUUGAAUGAUAUUCACAAUAGCUGGAAGAAUGCAGAGGCUGUUAGGAUAAAGUGUCUUGGUGUGCCCACUGUUGAUAUGAAAAAUGUAUGCACCCAGCUUGAGGAAAAGACUGGUGGUCUAGUUAUCCAUCGACAUGGGGGUCAGAUAAUAUUGUACAGAGGAAGGCACUAUAAUCCCAAGAAGAGGCCUGUAAUUCCAUUAAUGUUAUGGAAGCCUCAUGAGCCAGUAUAUCCGAAGCUGAUUAAAACGACGAUAGAUGGCCUUACUAUUGAGGAAACAAAGGACAUGAGGAAGCGAGGCCUUGCUGUUCCUGCUUUGAUAAAGCUAGCAAAGAAUGGAUACUAUGCCAGUCUUGUACCAAUGGUCCGGGAUGCUUUUCUGGUUGAUGAAUUGGUUAGAAUAGACUGCAAGGGGCUUCCUAGAAGUGACUACAAGAAAAUAGGGGUUAAACUCAGGGAUCUAGUCCCUUGUGUGCUUGUGACCUUCGACAAGGAGCAAAUUGUAAUGUGGAGGGGAAAAGACUAUUGUAGUACGAGUCCCAAAUCUGAUGCACAAACUUUCUUCACAGUUGUAGCUAAUUCUGAAGAUAGUACCAUGGAGAAAAGCGAUACUGAUAUUUUAAAUGAAGGCUCAGAUGACCAGUCAGUUGUUUCAGACACUAGCAUUCCUGAAUUAAUCGUGUAAAUACCCACGGAAGAUUACGAUUUAAGAGCACAUUGGUCUAUUUAGUUAUGCAACAGCUACUAGAUGAGAGGAGUUUUUAUGAAGGUUUAAGAUGAUUUGUUAGCAAAUGCCCUCCCGAGUCAGGGGCAUCUGUGUUUAUAUUUACAGCUUCGGGUGACAUUGUUAUGUAUGAACUGUAGGUGCAGGUUUUAUACUUACUUAAAAUCACUGUUUUUAGCAACUAAAUUUACUCCUUGUAUUUUCUUUUAAGUUAUUGUGAAAACUUAGGCAUAAUUGUGGAAAUUUGUA